GCCAAGUCGAUCGGUUCCGGGUGUAAACAGCAUUAGAGCCGUGGCGCCGCUAGCACGUAGGAUGUGAGCUGCUACCUCUCGAUCGAGGCCUAAGUGAUGUGAAGACCAAAGAAGAGAGGGUGGAAAAGGCAAGAUGCAUUGCAUCACGAUAUCUGUGGAAGGAAUGACUUGCAACUCGUGUGUACAGACCAUUGAGCAACAGAUUGGAAAAUUACAAGGAGUCAGCAAAAUAAAGGUGUCACUCGAAAACCAUAAUGCUGCUAUUGUGUACAAUCCAGAGUUCCAAACCCCUGAGUCGCUGCAGGAAGCAAUUGAUGAUAUGGGAUUUGAAGCUGCUCUGACUAACACAAGUCCAGUGCCUGUUACACCAGAAUCAGGCCUUCACAAUGAUCCCAGCCCAGCUCCCCAGCAGAUUGGAAGCCAACCACCCACUAUAAAAGAUGUGGAGAGGAAAAAGCCACUUGAUCAAAAUGAUGGAGCCUUGGCUUCUAUCUCUACCACACCAAGUUUCAAUGAGGAUAUUGUUGAUGUGGCUGGGGACAGUUUUCCGGUUGAUAAGAAGCUGUCAAUGCCUGAGGAAAUUCGAUUGCAUCAAGGCAGUGAAAUGGUGGUAAAGAUUAGGAUUGAAGGAAUGACUUGUCACUCCUGCUGCAGCACAAUUGAAGGCAAGGUUGGCAAGCUGCAGGGUGUUCAGCGUAUUAAAGUUUCCUUGAAUAACCAGGAAGCUACAAUUGUGUACCAAGCCCACCUCAUUACACCAGAGGACCUCAAGAGUCAAAUUGAAAGUGCCGGCUUCUUUGCCACAAUCAAGACCAAGGCCAAACCUCUGAAGCUGGAUGUUGACAUUGAGCGUCUAAUAAAUGCAACUCAGGCAACAAAAAGUGCUGUACAGGAAGUGACUAACAAUCUAACAAAUUUGAUCCUUAGAAUCGAUGGCAUGCACUGCAGUUCCUGUGUAACAAACAUUGAAAGUAACUUAUCAGAACUGCCUGCUGUGCACAAAAUCAAAGUUUCUUUAGAAAAUAAGAGUGCUGAUAUACAAUACAACCCAACCAUGAUAACUUCAAAUGCCUUAAGACAAGCUGUUGAGGCCUUACCACCUGGAAAUUUUAAAGUUUUGUUCCCUGAUGAAGGUCAGUCUGCAAAAUCUGCACCUAUUGUUGCACAGCAUCCUUUGGUUUCUUCAAUUCAACCACCUUUUGAAUCAAGAAAGCAUCAGUUGAGCAGUGUGGCGGUGAUUAAUAUCAAGGGAAUGACUUGUAAUUCCUGUGUGAAGACCAUAGAAGAAAACCUUUCAAAUAAAAGUGGAGUGAUAUCAGUUCAUGUUUCUCUGGCACAGCAGAAUGGAACUGUGGAAUAUGAUCCUCUGUUUACCAACCCCGAGGAGCUGAGGGACAUAAUAGAUGAUAUGGGAUUUGAUGCCAUUCUUUCAGGAAACACAGAACCUGCAGUGACAACAACAGAAGUUUUGCCCAAAGUGUCCAUCAAAGACAAAAAAAUAAGAAAUGGGAUAUGUGAAACCAAAGUUAAAGGAGAAAUGCCAUCACAGGAGUUGGGCAUCACCUCGCAGAACACAGAGGCUCCGGCUCCAGAAAAAUGUUUUAUUCAGGUUACUGGCAUGACCUGUGCAUCCUGUGUAGCUAAUAUUGAGAGGAACUUGAAACAGGAAGAUGGUAUAUAUUCUGUGCUGGUCGCUUUAAUGGCUGGGAAAGCAGAAGUGAGGUAUAACCCAGCUAUCAUAAACCCCCCAGGCAUCGCUGAGUUAAUAAAGGAGUUGGGGUUUGGUGCUUCUGUGCUGGAGGACCGUGAUGGAUCAAGUGGUAAUUUGGAACUAGUUGUGCGAGGAAUGACUUGUGCCUCAUGUGUUCAUAACAUUGAAUCAACGCUCAUGAAAACCAAAGGUAUAUUGUAUACAUCAGUAGCCCUGGCGACAAAUAAAGCACAUGUUAAGUUUGAUCCUGAGUGCAUUGGACCUCGUGACAUCAUUAAAUGCAUAGAGGAUCUAGGCUUUGAGGCUUCCUUAGUGAAAAAGGAUCGCACUGCAAGUCAUUUGGAUCAUCAAGAAGAAAUCAGACGAUGGAAGAGAUCCUUCCUGAUCAGUUUAUUUUUUUGCAUUCCUGUGAUGAUCAUGAUGAUUUACAUGAUAAUUGCAGAUCAUGCUUUCUACAAGAGCCAUCAGAAUGGCUCAACUACUGAUGAGCUUGAAAAACACCACGCCUCAAUGUUUUUGGAGCGGCAGCUCCUUCCAGGGCUCUCCAUUAUGAAUUUGCUAUCCUUCAUCCUCUGUGUUCCAGUUCAGUUUAUAGGUGGAUGGUACUUCUAUAUCCAAGCAUACAAGGCACUGAAACACAAAACUGCCAACAUGGACGUACUGAUAGUUCUAGCUACGACAAUUGCUUUCUUGUACUCGUGUGUUGUACUGGCCAUUGCCAUGAUGGAGGAAGCUAAAGUAAAUCCAGUAACCUUCUUUGAUACACCACCAAUGCUGUUUGUCUUCAUUGGUUUGGGGCGAUGGCUUGAGCACAUAGCUAAGAGCAAGACAUCAGAAGCACUUGCAAAGCUCUUGUCAUUACAGGCAACUGAGGCAACUAUAGUGAAGAUAAAUGAUGACCAUUCCAUUCUAAGUGAAGAGCAUAUUGAUGUGGAGUUGGUACAGCGAGGGGACAUUGUAAAGGUGGUCCCAGGAGGUAAAUUCCCUGUAGAUGGCAAAGUGAUUCAGGGGCAUUCGAUGGCUGAUGAAUCUCUGAUCACUGGUGAAGCAAUGCCAGUCACUAAAAAGUUGGGAAGCAGUGUCAUUGCAGGCUCUAUAAAUCAGCAUGGGUCUUUACUGAUUGAAGCUACUCAUGUCGGAUCAGAAACUACCCUCUCCCAAAUUGUGAAGCUGGUUGAAGAAGCACAAACUUCCAAGGCCCCCAUUCAACAGCUUGCAGAUAAGUUGAGUGGAUACUUUGUCCCAUUCAUCGUUGGGGUUUCUGUUAUUGCUUUGAUUGCCUGGAUUAUCAUUGGAUUUCUCAAUUUUGAGCUUGUGGAAAAAUACUUUCCUGGUUACAACAAAAGCUUGUCUCAAACUGAAGUGAUAGUACGCUUUGCAUUCCAAGCAUCCAUCACUGUCCUUUGCAUCGCAUGCCCCUGUGCAUUGGGAUUGGCAACCCCCACUGCAGUAAUGGUGGGAACCGGAGUAGGUGCACAAAAUGGGAUCCUAAUUAAAGGAGGGGAGCCAUUGGAGAUGGCACACAAGAUAAACACAGUAGUUUUUGAUAAAACUGGAACAAUCACUCAUGGAACUCCCAGAGUAAUGAACUUGAAGAUGCUCACAGAAAGUAGCUACAUAUCUGAAAUGAAGCUGUUGGCCAUCAUUGGCACAGCAGAAACGAACAGUGAGCAUCCUUUGGGUGUAGCAGUAACCAAGUAUUGUAAACAGGAACUAGGUUCACAAGUGCUUGGCUCAUGUUCAGAUUUUCAAGCAGUUCCUGGCUGCGGUAUCACAUGCAAAGUCUCAAACGUUGAAUCACUGUUAAAGAGCAAGACUAUUGAAGUGAAGCAGAACAAUGAACGGAACAUGGUGCUAAUACAAAUCGAUGAGAAAAGCUGUGGUGAUGCUUCAACACACCCUCUCAUCCAAGAGCCCCAAUCUGAAAGCCCGGAGAAAUCGCAGAUCUUUUCAGUACUUAUUGGAAAUCGUGAGUGGAUGAAAAGGAAUGGGCUACUUAUCAGUGAGGAUGUGGACAGUUGCAUGACAGAGCAUGAAAGCCAGGGUCAUACAGCGAUACUGGUCUCUGUGGACGGUGUACUGUGUGGAAUGAUAGCGAUUGCAGAUAUUGUGAAGCCAGAAGCAGACUUGGCUGUCCACACUCUGAGAAGCAUGGGGCUGGAAGUGUUUCUUAUGACUGGAGACAACAGUAAAACAGCCAGGGCCAUUGCUGCUCAGGUUGGCAUCACCAAGGUAUUUGCUGAAGUCCUUCCCUCACACAAAGUAGCAAAAGUGGCACAGCUGCAGAAGGAAGGGAAUAUUGUGGCAAUGGUGGGUGAUGGUGUGAAUGACUCUCCAGCACUGGCGAUGGCUGACGUUGGAAUUGCCAUUGGUACAGGCACAGAUGUAGCUAUUGAAGCAGCAGAUGUUGUUUUGAUUCGGAAUGAUCUUCUUGAUGUAGUGGCAAGUAUUCAUUUGUCCAAAAAGACAGUGCGGCGAAUUCGGAUAAACUUUGUGUUUGCUUUAAUUUAUAAUAUUGUUGGUAUUCCCAUAGCUGCUGGGGUCUUCCUACCAGUGGGACUGAUAUUACAACCUUGGAUGGGAUCUGCCGCAAUGGCAGCAUCAUCUGUUUCAGUGGUCCUUUCUUCUCUUCUUUUAAAGCUUUACAAGAAACCUGAUCCUGUCAAAUUAGGAGCCAAAGUUCAGAAUCACAUGAAGCAGAGGUCUCCAUCAGAAAUCAGCGUGCACAUUGGUAUGGGUGAGGUUAGGCAGGACUCGCCGAAGUUAAGCCUACUUGACCGAAUAGUACACUACAGCCGAGCCUCCAUUAACUCUCUCAGGUCAGAAAGGCGAUCGAUCACUAACAUCCCCCUGCACGAUCCAGACAAACACUCUCUCCUUUUGGGAAGAGACGAAGAUGAUGCCGUUUGAGCAGAUCCCGGGAUGAACACAGGACAUUUGUAAGAUCUGCCCUUUUGACAAUAAUGUCUUCUUAGCCUCUGCUCUAGAAUGUCAUGUAUAGGACUCUCGUGGAUGAGUGGAGUAUAGGGCAGAUUAAUACUUUACUCUGAGCUGAUACACAAAUUUUGAUGGUGUUUUUUUUUUGGAGGCUUUUUUUUAAAUAUUUUUGUGCUUUCCAGGCUCUUGGCUGUCUCCCCUCUGUACACAGGGGGCAAAGGUGUGGUGAAUCAUGAGCCCCUACCCCUUGUGAUCUGCCAGCAAAAGUUAUGAUGGGCUUAUUGAAUGUUACUUUUCCAACCUUUUUUCACAACUUGAUUUAGAAGUCCAACUGGAAAAUCUUUAACUUACCCCAUCGAAGGCAAGAUGUUUUGCAUGCCGGAACUGGAAUUCUGAGCUGCCUCAGUUGUGUGUGGCAUAUUUAGCCUCUCCAGAGAUUUGAAAUGGUGCCUAUGGUACCCUUUGCUAUCCAGGAAGGACCAAAUCCAUCAUUUGAGCCAGUUACUGACUUUCACACACCCAUGCCCUUGUAUUUUUCUUCUAAUUAAAAGCUCAUGCAAUGUGUAGGACAAACCAAAGUGACCUCAGAAAUCCAAGAUUCUGUACUAAUACCUAAAUUUGAUAAACGGGUGUGUAGUGUAGUUAACUCAGCUUAACAGGCACAUUACACUACACUAGUGAUGCUAUUCAAUGAUGAUUUCAUUUUAUUCAGGCAGGUUUGUAUUCUUGCUGUAAUCAUAAAAGGAACCUUAAUUUUGAGGUACCAGAUUGGAGCAGAUUAAAAAUGCUGGACCCAUUUUCCAAAUUGUUAUUUAAAAGAAACUUAGCAAUUUUAAUAAUGUCAGGUUGCAAUUUUUUUGAUUAUAUAUAUUACUUGAUGCUGUGCUACAUGCCAAUUAGUUGUGUUUAAAUGAACAUUUAUACAAUCAGCACCGAAUAUAGCAUCCAAUCUGUUGGAAUAGUCUCCCUUUCCCCUUUCCUUUUGUUAAAAGAUCUUUCUCAGUGAUGUCUGGAAUUAUCUUUUGUUCUUACAAGAUAAACCAGCCUUGCUAGUGUUAGCUUGAUUCUUAAAUCUGCAAUGCUUUCUACUACUUCUAUGAAUAGGUUAUAAAGCUGCUCCAGUUGCUUGCUGAUUUACUUCAUCAAUGAAAUAGAAAUGACAAAUUACAUUCUAGAAAAAAAAUAUCAAAUUUGGAAGGUGUAAUUGUUUCUCAAGAGGUGGCUUCUUAUUUUUCACUUCCAUUAAGUUUUGUAUACACACACUGUGUGUGUGUGUAUGUGUGUGUGUGUAUAUAUAUAUAUAUAUAUAUAUAUAUAUAUAUAUAUAGAGAGA